AUGGUGAAUUUAAAUAAACUCCUGGAACUGGAGACCAGUAGUCCAAUGUUACCUCGUAAUCACCACAAUUGGGGUUCCAGAUACGGUCGCAGCCGUGAGGAGAUGAAGAAAAUGCCAAUUGGUCUCCUCCAACUGGAAGAGCAGGCCCGACGAACAGUGACGUUGAUGGAGAAGCACGGGUCACAAUCUGAGCGAAACUAUCACGUAGCGAUGGAUCUAGUGAGGUUGCAGCAUAACUUGAAUUUUAUAGUCCUCUGCGAGAAGUGUAAUGGGCCGCAUAUAAACGACGAGAUGUUGGCCCCCGAACGGUGA